AUGCCAUCUGGCGAAGGGUAUAUGAGGGCGAAGGCCAUGCUACAAGAGAGGUUUGGUACACCCUUCAUGAUAGCUGAUGCAUGGAUCAGGAAAGUGACCGGAGGGCGGAAGAUCACCGGACGGGACAAGAGGGCCCUAAGAGAAUUCGCAGAUGAACUGCAAGUUUGCUCACUGACUUUAGAUGCCAUGGGUUACAUUGGCGAUUUGUCACCACAGUUAGUCCUUGUCCAGAUAGUUGAACGACUACCACUAUACUUAUGCGGGAGAUGGCUGAGUGUGGUACGAAGAAUCAGGCGAGAGGAUAGACUUCCUAACAUAUUUGACCUGGUGGAUUUUGUCCAAGGUGCAGCCGAUGAGGAGAAUGAUCCGGUCUACGGAAGGCUUCUUACCAAAGAUCAGGGCGGUAGAGGCACCUCCCAGAACAAGAAGUCGACAGGACUGAAGAAGGGUGCUUUCUCCACGACAGCCACAGGCAAUGAUGUGACACCACAGCUGUGUGUGAUAUGCAAGGAAUCGCACAGUCUGUUUGGCUGUGACAAGUUCAAACGAAUGCAACUAGAUGACCGGCUGAAACUGGUGAGGGAAAACAGGCUUUGUUUUAACUGUUUGGAGAAGGGACACAUGUCGAGAUACUGUAAACUAAAGAGGGUAUGUUCAGUUUACGGAUGCAACAGAAAACAUACUAAGUUUCUCCAUCAGCAGAAACCAGAACAACCUCAGCAAGCACAAGAGGAAGCUGUUAGUCCUUCACCUGAGAAGAUUGAGAGUCAUGUCACAGGGGCCGGGAACAUGAAGGUGCUAUUGCCAAUCGUUCCUGUCUGGGUUUAUGCGGCAGGCAGUAAUAUUGGUGUAGAGACUCUAGCACUGUUGGAUUCAGGCUCGACAAGUACCUUUUGUACUAAGAAGUUGGCAGCAAGAGUGAAGGCAAGUGGAUUGUCCAGUAUAGUGUCUGUCUCAACUCUGGAAAGAGCCAACAGCGAACUUCAGACCAGUGUUGUAAGCCUGAAAGUUGCAGCAAAGUCAUCAUCCAGGAUGGUGAAUCUCCCUAAAGUCUAUACCAAGACAGACAUUAACAUUAAUCCAGAUCACAUGCUAAAGAAGGAGGAUGUUGACAAACUCCAACAUCUCACAGAUGUCGACUUUCCAUCGACUACCAAACUGCAGGUGGAUCUGCUGAUUGGGCAAGAUUAUCCAGAGCUUAUUUGUCCCCUCGAGAUACGACGUGGUGAGCCAAGAGACCCUUAUGCAGUAAGGACAGUGCUGGGGUGGACCCUGAAUGGGCCGGUUCAGAGUGAUGGUAGGAGGAUGGCUGUGACAUCACACUAUAUCUCAGAUGAAAUAUCCCUUGAAGACCAAUGUAAGCUGUUUUGGUCUCUAGAAGGCAUUGAAACCCUCCAUUGUGAUGCUAAAGGAAUGUCAGUCAAGGACCGAGAGGUAUUGAAGCUAUGGGAGGACAAUGUGGUAAUGAAUGGAGGUCACUAUCAACUGCCCAUACCAUUCAAAGAACGACCCCCGCCACUUUGUGACAAUAGAUGGAUGGCCCAGCAGAGACUCCAUUCACUUAGAAGACGACUUCUCAGGGAUACGGCAAUGCAUGCUAAGUAUACACAGGGCAUGGCUGACCUAGUUGCCAAGGGCUACGCCGAGGAAGUUGAUGAAACUCAACCGCCAAAUGGAACUUGUUGGUACCUACCACAUCACCCAGUGAUAAAUCCGAAGAAGCCAGACAAACUUCGGAUUGUGUUUGAUUGUGCUGCCAAGUGCUUAGGAGUUGGUCUGAACGAUGUGGUGAUGCAAGGGCCGGAUCUGACCAACAAGUUGACUGGUGUACUUCUUCGAUUUCGUCGAGCACCAAUUGCCAUCAUGGCUGAUGUGGAAGCCAUGUUCCACCAGGUAACAGUCCAUCCAGAUGAACGAGAUGUACUUCGCUUCUUGUGGUGGCCUGAUGGAAGAGUGGAUGAAGAUCCUAAGACCAACAGGAUGUGUGUGCACCUGUUUGGGGGCACAUGGAGCCCCAGCUGUUGCUCGUUUGCCAUGCGGCAAACAGCAAAGGACUAUGGAGAUCAGUGCAAUACACAAGCACCAAGAGUAGUAGAGAUGAAUUUCUACGUAGACGACUGCCUGGUCUCUGUUGAAGAGGAAGAUGAAGCUAUAAGACUGGCAUCAGAAUUGAGAACCUUGUUGCAGAAGGGUGGAUUUCGACUCGCUAAGUGGAUGAGUAGCAACACAAGAGUUCUGCAAACCAUACCAGUACAAGAUCGGGCCAAGCAAGUGGUUGGACUCGACCUGAACUUUGAUGCCCUACCAAUAGAGCGUGCACUUGGUAUGAUAUGGGAUGUAGAAAGAGAUAGCUUUGUCUACAAGAUUCAGGCAAAGGACAAGCCUUUAACACGAAGAGGACUCUUAAGUGUUGUUUCUUCUGUCUACGACCCUUUGGGAUAUGCUAGCCCAUUUGCACUGAGAGGGAAGUUGAUUCUUCAGGAGUUGACCCGGAAGAAGCUGAACUGGGAUGAGCCUAUCUCUGACAGUGAUGCAAAGAAAUGGAAGGCUUGGAUUGAGGAACUUCCACAGAUGGAAGGAGUUGAGGUCAGUAGAUGUGUCAAGCCUCACGACUUUGGCAGGAUAACUGAUUACGAGAUCCACAACUUCUCUGAUGCAUCUGAAGUAGCCUACGGGGCUGUAUCAUAUCUAGUGAUGAGGAAUGAGGAAGGAGAGGUGCAUAGCAGUAUCAUCAUGGCCAAGUCACGCCUUGCUCCAGUAAAGACCGUUACCAUACCUCGACUAGAAUUGAUGGCAGCUACACUUGCUGUGAAUAUGGAUGUCGUGAUAAGAGGAGAGCUAGACCUGCCUGUGAAGAAAUCAUACUUUUGGACUGACAGUAUGAUAGUGUUGCACUACAUAAAGAAUGAACAUAGAAGGUUCCGUGUCUUUGUGUCAAACAGGGUGGCUAUGAUACACAAUGCCACAGAGAUAGACCAAUGGAGACAUGUUGGCUCAAAGGAGAAUCCGGCAGACAUCGUAUCCAGAGGCAUGUCACCGUCUGAUCUGAAGGAUGAUGAGAAGUGGUUUGUUGGACCAGCCUUUCUACAACAGCCAGAGGAGAGAUGGCCCACAUGUCCCAUAGAGAAGGAUGGGAUCAGAGAGGAUGAUCCAGAGGUGAAGCCUCUAGUCCAGAACUUUGCUACAAGUGAGGGCAAGAAGUGCAUUGACCAGCUCUUCAUGCACUAUUCGUCCUGGACGAGACUACGCAGAGCGGUAGCUUGGUGGAUGAGGUUGAAGGAAACCCUUAAACUCAAGCAGUACUACUGGAUUCUGGGAGCUGGGGUCCUGGUGAGAGGCUUGUUAAGCAAGUGUGUAACUUGUCGUCGCUACCAGGCCAAGGUCGGCAAGCAGAAGAUGGCUGAUCUACCUGCCUUCCGAGUAGUAGCUGAUGAGCCAGCAUUUACACAUGUGGGGAUGGACUACUUCGGUCCUUAUGAGAUCAAGUGUGGGCGCUCUGUAAGAAAGAGAUACGGCGUGAUAUUCACAUGUAUGACAACUAGAGCUAUCCACAUCGAGGUUGCCAAAUCUUUAGACACCAGCUCAUGCAUUGAUGCCAUCAGACGCAUGAUGAGCAGGAGAGGACCAAUAAAGAGGUUGGUCUCGGACAAUGGCACCAAUUUGGUAGGCGCUAAGGCUGAGCUGAGGAAGGCACUGAGUGAUUGGAACGUUGAUGAAAUCUCAAACUUCACGGCUAAUCACAGUAUAGAUUGGAGUUUCAACCCGCCAGGGGCCUCACAUCAUGGCGGUGUGUGGGAGAGACAGAUAAGAACGAUCAGGAAAGUACUGCAUGCUCUUCUCAACGAGCAGUAUUUAAGGACAUGUCAGUCGGAGGAGCAGCUUCACACUCUGAUGUGCGAGGUAGAGGCAAUCAUCAACAGCAGGCCUCUUACUCGUGUCUCUGAUGAUCCUGGAGAUCUGGAAGUCAUCACGCCCAGCAGUCUGCUACACAUGAAGCAGACCUCAGCACCACCUCCGAGUAAGUCCACUGAGGGAGAUGUCUUCGCCAGGAGACGUUGGAGGCAGAUGCAGUACCUGGCUGAUCUCUUUUGGAAGAGGUGGAUUAGGGAGUAUCUACCUAGUCUACAGCAACGUCAGCGGUGGCAGCAGCCUGAACGCAAUCUUCAGGUUGGUGACGUGGUUCUCAUCGCAGACGGAACUGUGCCGAGGUGUUGCUGGCUGAUGGGACGCGUUUUAGAAGUGUACCCUGGUUGAACCACUCAUUGGUAUCAUCGCAAGGGCAUUGUUGUCGAGUCGUCAUUGCAGUUGGGCUUAGUAAUACUCAUAACGUCACCGUUCCUACAGUA